AUGGCCCCGUGGCUGCAGCUCUGCUCCGUCUUCUUCACGGUCAACGCGUGCCUCAACGGGUCGCAGCUGGCUGUGGCCGCGGGUGGCUCCGGCCGCGCGCGGGGCGCCGACACCUGCGGCUGGAGGGGAGUGGGGCCGGCCAGCAGAAACAGUGGGCUGCACAACAUCACCUUCAGAUAUGACAACUGUACCACCUACUUGAGUCCUGUAGGGAGGCACGUGAUUGCUGAUGCCCAGAACAUCACCAUCAGCCAGUACGCUUGCCACGACCAGGUGGCAGUCACCAUUCUUUGGUCCCCAGGGGCCCUCGGCAUCGAAUUCCUAAAAGGAUUUCGGGUAAUACUGGAGGAGCUGAAGUCCGAAGGAAGACAGUGCCAACAACUGAUUCUAAAGGACCCAAAGCAGCUCAACAGUAGCUUCAAAAGAACUGGAAUGGAAUCUCAACCUUUCCUGAAUAUGAAAUUUGAAACUGAUUACUUUGUAAAGGUUGUCCCUUUUCCUUCCAUUAAAAAUGAAAGCAAUUAUCACCCUUUCUUCUUCAGAACCCGCGCCUGUGACCUGUUGUUGCAGCCAGACAACCUGGCCUGUAAACCCUUCUGGAAGCCUCGGAACCUGAAUAUCACCCAGCAGGGUUCAGAUAUGCAGGUGUCCUUCGACCAUGCACCGCACAACUUUGGCUUCCGUUUCUUCUAUCUUCAUUACAAGCUCAAGCACGAAGGACCCUUCAAGCGAAAGACCUGUAAGCAGGAGCAAAAUACAGAGACAACCAGCUGCCUCCUUCAAAAUAUUUCUCCAGGGGAUUAUGUAAUUGAGCUGGUAGACGACACUAAUACAACAAGAAAGGUGAUGCAUUAUGCCCUAAAGCCAGUGCAUUCCCCGUGGGCUGGGCCCAUCAGAGCUGUGGCCAUCACUGUGCCGCUGGUUGUCAUAUCAGCAUUCGCAACGCUCUUCACUGUGAUGUGCCGCAAGAAGCAACAAGAAAAUAUAUAUUCACAUUUAGAUGAAGAGAGCUCUGAGUCCUCCACGUAUGCUGCAGCACUUCCCAGAGAGAGACUCCGGCCGCGGCCAAAGGUCUUCCUCUGCUAUUCCAGUAAAGAUGGCCAGAAUCACAUGAACGUCAUCCAGUGUUUCGCCUACUUCCUCCAGGACUUCUGUGGCUGUGAGGUGGCUCUGGACCUGUGGGAAGACUUCAGCCUCUGCAGAGAAGGGCAGAGAGAAUGGGUCAUCCAGAAGAUCCACGAGUCCCAGUUCAUCAUUGUGGUGUGUUCCAAAGGCAUGAAGUACUUCGUGGAUAAGAAGAACUACAAACACAAAGUUGGCGGCCGAGGCUCAGGGAAAGGGGAGCUCUUCCUGGUGGCGGUGUCGGCCAUUGCUGAGAAGCUCCGCCAGGCCAAGCAGAGUUCAUCCACAGCGCUCAGCAAGUUCAUCGCAGUCUACUUUGAUUAUUCCUGUGAGGGAGAUGUCCCCGGCGUGCUGGACCUGAGCACUAAGUACAAACUCAUGGACAACCUUCCCCAGCUCUGUUCCCACCUGCACUCCAGAGGCCACAGCCAGCCCGAGCCAGGGCAGCAUCCGGGACAUGGCAGCAGAAGAAACUACUUCCGGAGCAAAUCCGGCAGGUCCCUGUACGUCGCCAUCUGCAAUAUGCACCAGUUUAUCGACGAGGAGCCCGACUGGUUUGAGAAGCAGUUCGUUCCCUUCCAUCCUCCCCCACUACGCUACCGGGAGCCAGUCCUGCAGAAGUUUGACUCGGGCUUGGUUUUAAAUGAUGUCGUGUGCAAACCAGGGCCUGACAGCGAGUUCUGCCUAAAGGCCGAGGCGGCCGUUCUUGGGGCAAGUGGGCCGGUCGACUCACAGCCGGAGGGCCAGCGCGGGAGCCUGGACGAAGAUGCUGAGGUCCGGCCUGCGCCUGACGGCGGCUCCGCCCUGCAGCCCCUGCUGCACUCGGUGAAAGCCGGCAGCCCCUCGGACAUGCCGCGAGACUCAGGCAUUUACGACUCGUCCGUGCCCUCGUCAGAGCUGUCUCUGCCUCUCAUGGAAGGACUUUCAACCGACCAGACGGAAACGUCUUCCCUGACAGAGAGCGUGUCCUCUUCCUCGGGCCUGGGUGAGGAGGAGCCUCCUGCCCUUCCUUCCAAGCUCCUCGCCUCUGGGGUGUGCAAAGCAGAACUUGGUUGCUGCAGCUACACUGAUGAACUUCACGUUGUUGCCCCUUUGUAA